AUGGCUACAGCCUACCUAAAUCUCGGCGCCGUCCAUCGUUUUCGAGAGCAAGUAGAAAAUGGAAAUGUCGAGGAGGUCCGACAAAUUCUCAAUAACACAGAUGGCCACAUCGAUAUUAAUACUCCCUUGGUGAUUGCAGAAGGGAUGCAACAAACAGCGCUUCAAAUCGCCGUCAACAAGAAAUGGGAAGAGCUAGUUCAUCUUCUUGUCGAGAAAGGUGCAGAUGUGAACGCCAAUCCCGGCACUGAAUCAGCGCUGCAAAUUGCAGUUCGAAGAGAAUAUCAUCCGCUGGCCGAGAUGCUUCUCCAACAUGGUGCCAAUCCCAACGCGCCAGCUUGUGGGCCUGACGGACAAACAGCACUUCACACUGCACUUCACAACAACGAUGCGCGCACGGUCGAGUUACUUCUUGAGAAAGGAGCGGACACUAGAGCGGAAGAUAGUGCCGGGGAAUCGGUAGUGUCAAUCGCUCGUGAGCUUGGACAUGACGUCCUAUCGGCUCACAUGGUCAAAGAGCAUGAUGCCCGGUUGGAGGAUCCGAGACCACGACGUCUAAUUGUAUGCUGUGACGGAACAUGGAUGAAGAACGACACGGAUCAGCCUCUGUCAAAUGUUGCUAGGAUAGCACUCUGCUUUGCCGAUUGCGAUCGCCGAGAUGAGAAGCAUUUCACUCAAAUCGUUCAUUAUCAGUCCGGCGUUGGCACUAGCUCCUUUGGCCCCCUCAACUGGUACGAAGGCGCUUUCGCGGCAGGUACUGUAUUCCCACCUUCAGUUUCGACCACCAACAAGUACUUAUCAUUACUUGCAGCUAUUUCCCAGGAUAUACGCGACGCUUACGGCUUCAUUUGCGACAACUUCUCGACUCCUGACGAUGAAAUCAUCCUCAUCGGCUUCUCUCGAGGGGCAUUUACUGUCCGCGCACUUGCGUCUCUGAUUAGUGAUGUUGGCGUGCUUAAAGGUGCUGGAAGGUUCUGCUUGAGCCAAGUCUACGAUCUCUGGGAAAAACAGGUUCAGACAACACCUUCAGGUGAUAAGCACCUGGUACCCCCUGGAUCAUCUACCGAAACCUCUGAGGAGAUCUCGCCAUUGAACUUUUACGUUUUCGGUCUGGAAAAACAUCAUAUCACUCAGCGAAAAGUCAAGAUCAAGGCAUGUGCCGUUUGGGACACCGUCGCUGCCAUUGGGGCGAAGCUCCCUAAAUGGUUUCAGCAGAUGCAGUCCCAGAAACUGAAAUUCGUCGACUCAGCGCUUUCCGUAAACAUUGAGAAUUGCUGGUUUCGAGGUUCUCAUAGCGAUGUAGGCGGUGGAGGCACAAACAGUGGACUCGCAAACCUCACGCUUGCUUGGAUGAUGUCCAAGUUGGAGCCGUUUGUGGUGUUCAAUGAUUACAGGGUCUCUCAACUUGCUGGCCACUGGAGACUGGUGUCACGUCUCCUUCGAGAAUCAAAGGACAAGUUCAAAGAUGAGGCGCCAGCUCAACACUUUCGCGUGCACAAUUCGUACACCAAGCGUUAUUGGCUGGCCGGGUCCAAACUUCGAGAACCAAGAGCCGUAAACGAUCAUCCGAAGUCGAAAGAAUCCGUUCACUUCUCGGUUUUUCUGCUUGACGAUGAUGAUCCGAACAUUAUUCUCCAGAGUGGUCAGCUACCAGCUAUGGACUGCGAGCGGCUGGAUGAAGGCAUUGAGCGCAAGAUUCUGAAUGCAUGGCGGAGAGUAGAGGGCAAUGCCGAUUUAUGCACAGGUCUUGACAAGAUGUUAGGGACUGAUCAGACGCAGACGCAGACGCAGACGCCGGCCGAUGCUGCUGCGGGCUCGGCGGCCGUGGACGAUGGCAGUCCGGCGUCUAGCCUUAAGCUGGCGACAGCUUCCAGAAUGCUGAUCACGAUAUGGGCUAGUAUUGCCGUCCUGAUGGUGUCGUCCGGCCCGUCCGUGCACUAG